AUGGAGAUCCUUUACGUCUCUGUCAUUCUCGCCUUCCUCCUCCUCUUAAACCUCAAGAGCUUUGCCCGCAGACCCAAUCCCAAAUUGCCGCCGGGUCCAUGGAAGCUCCCCAUAAUCGGAAGCAUCCAUCACCUCCUUGGCUCGCAGCCUCACCAUUCCCUGAGGAAUUUAUCAAUCAAACAUGGCCCGCUCAUGCUUCUAAAGCUCGGCGAGGUGAACACCCUCGUUGCCUCCUCCCCUGAAGCAGCCAGAGAGAUCAUGAAGACCCAUGACAUCACGUUCGCAAGCAGACCCAUUUCCGUCAGCAUCAAGAUCGCGUCGUACGGUGGCAAGAAUCUCAUCUCCGCCCCUUACGGCGACUACUGGAGGGAGGUGCGAAAGAUGUGCGUCUUGGAGCUGCUAACUGUCCAAUCCUUUCAGGUAAUUCGCGAAGAGGAGGUGCACAAUCUCAUUCGAUCCAUUUGCUCGAGUAACAACACUUCAUCACUCGUGAACCUUAGCCAGAAGCUGUUCAUGCUGAACAAUAACAUAAUUACGAGAGCCGUCGUUGGAAACAGAUGCAAGGAUCAGAGUACUUUUUUAUUUGUAUUGUCACAAAUGAUAAAACUAGUAGGAGGCUUUGAUUUGGCAGAUCUAUUUCCAUCUUCAUUGCUCAUCGGCUGCAUCAGCAGGAUGCCAUCCAAGAUGCAGAGAUAUCACCGGGAGGUGGACCGCGUCAUGGACGACAUCAUCCGUGAUCACCAGGAAAGGAAGAAGGCAAAACUAGUGGAGGAAGAUUUGCUAGAUGUUCUACUGAGAAUUCAAGAGGAAGGUGGCCUUUCAUCCGCUCCUCUCACAAUGGAUGCAAUCAAAGCUGUGGUCUUGAACAUGUUCGGGGCAGGGACCAAUACUUCGUCCGCCACUUUGGAUUGGGCCAUGGCAGAGCUGAUGAGGAAUCCAAAAGUUAUGAAGAAGGCGCAAGCAGAGGUGAGGGAGUCACUUGGCGGGAAAACGAAGGUGACUGAGAAGGAGAUUGGUGAUAUGAACUACCUGAAAUUAGUCAUCAAAGAGACCUUGAGGUUGCACCCACCAGCUCCGUUGCUAGUCCCUCGAGAGUCCCGGGAGAGGGUUGAGGUACUCGGUUACGAGAUUCCUGACAGGGGCGGCUCAACAUCUUUGGAGGCCUAAAGCUAAAAACGAAGGCGGGGCCAGGGAGGGGCCUUCUUCCGGGCUCUGGCUUUCGAGAAACGAAGGCGGACCGACGGGCCACCGGCCCGGCGCACAACCGGGGCGGAGGGGGAGUGUCGAAAAACAAAAAAAAUGAAGAAACUUACCGGUGGAGGCCGGGGGGUGGAUCGGGCGCCGGAGGCGGAGGCUGGAUGCCUGGACCGG